AUUGUUCCUUUCUUUUGUUUGACGGUCGUUCACUUCCACUCGCUCUCGUUGAUUUGGCCGAUGUUUGGCCUAGUUGCUAAGUUUCGUAGAUUUUAGUUCUAAUUUUAUUAAAUGUAGUAUAUGAUUUAAGUUUAAAAUUACAGUGGAAUUAUUAUGUGACAGCUAAAAUGCCUAGUAUUAGAAAAUAUCGCCGCGAUACCAGCGAAGUCAGCUGUUGUUUGAAAUAUGUUAUUUUUGGUGUAAAUGUUUUGUUCUGGUUUCUCGGUCUGAUUGUGCUAGCAGUGGGUGUGUGGGCCUGGAGCGAGAAGGACACAUUUAACAAUCUUUCAAGACUAACCAACAUCGCUUUGGACCCAGCGUUUAUUCUAAUAUGUGUGGGUACAAUUACAUUUAUAAUCGGGUUCACGGGCUGCGUGGGCGCUCUGCGUGAGAACACAUGCUUGUUAGCAUGCUAUGCCGUUUUCCUUGCGUUAUUGCUGUUGGCUGAGAUGACAACGGGCAUACUAUUCUUUGUGUUCAAAGACUGGAUAAAGCAACAGGCAACUACUGGUUUCCAAACAUUCAUCACUCAUUACAGAGAAGAUCCUGAUCAACAAAAUCUGAUUGAUUGGAUUCAAGAAGACUGGUUACAAUGUUGCGGUGUGGAGGGUCCCCGCGACUGGGACCGCAACGCGUACUUCAACUGUUCGAGCGGCGCGGUGGGGUCGCGCGAGGCCUGCGGCGUGCCCUUCAGCUGCUGCCGGAACAAGCCGCAGGACAUCAUCCGCAACAAGCAGUGCGGGUACGAUGUCAGGAAACCCACUUAUCAACUGAGUGAGCGCGUGAUCCACGAGCGCGGCUGCCUGGCGGCGGGCGAGGACUGGCUGCAGCGGUACUUCGCGCCCGUCGCCGCCGCGCUGCUCGGGCCACUCGCAUUGAAGAGUUUUGAUAUAGCAAAGAUAAUAUAUGACAAGGGCUGUUUAGAGGCCGCUGAGGAGUGGUUCGACCACAACCUGUUGAUUGUAGCUACGUCCGCUGUUUGUACCGCUUUUGCACAAAUCCUGGGCAUAUGCUUCGCGCAGAACCUCCGCGCCGACAUCUUCGCUCAGAAGGCGAAGUGGCACUGACAGUCCGCCUCUCCUGCCGCCGUCUGACGCGCCCGCGCAGGCCCGCAGCCCGCAUACACACGCAUAUGCACACGCAUGGACGUUCAUGACGGUACACACUGGUUAAAAAAGGUCGAAGUUGGCCAGCGAUGGACCAUUAUGGACCUUUUUGGUUCAUGCUGGUCCAAGCUGGCUUUUAAUGGACCAUGUUGGUUCAUGCUGGCCGACAUAGGUACACACUAGCAACGAUGGUACACAAUGUUACAUGGUUGAUGUGCUUAGCUCACUGAACAGCUCUCUAUACAGUAUUUGUUGCUCAUUUUUUGUCGAAUAAUAAUUAUUAUUUUAAGCGAAUUUCGAAUAAUUUCAAAAUGUAACGCGGAAGGUUCAAAAUCCAAUUUACGAAAAUGUUUCAUUUCAUUGGUCCAAUUAUAACUAAAUUUUAAACAAUCCAAUGAGUAAUUUUUACAUAACAAUGUUGUUAUACUGAGUUUUGAUAACAAUUCCAUUUCACCGAUUGUUACCUACAUAAAUAUUUAAACUCUUCACAUCAACUAUGUGUAGCAAAAUGCAUUUGUUUGCAUAAUAGAUUAAUAAUUGUCGUGCAGAUUAUUUAUAUAUACCACAAGUGCUCAUCUUACUGUCUCUGGGCUUUCUCCUUCGGACGUUCUGCUUAGGUCUAGAGAAACGUAGACGAGCUUUUUAUAACAUUCGAUUCUAGAUUUUAAAUGUAUUUAGCAAAAGUAUUAAAAUUGCUUGACUAAGAAAAAAGUAUUUGUGUUCUGGAACGAGCAUUUAUACACUUUAUGUUUGGUAAACAUAAAGUUCAUUAUUGAGUGUUAUGAAAAGUCUUAUAUGCUGCGCUUCUGUAGAUCGCAGUUGAUCUCAAACCUCCCACUGGCACCUAUCUGUCAUCUUAACUUUCAAACUUGAAUCUCUGUAAAUAACAUAAAAAAAUGUUAAUUGUUGAUAGAAUUAUCCAAUACGCAUGUCUCGUUGGUGUGAAAUAUGCUUUAUGCCUCGUAAUCAUUUGUUAUUUGCAGCAAAGCCUUGUCCUUCUCAUUUUUUUUCAAGCAGAGAGUAUAUGAACAUCUUAAGUCUGGCUUUAAUAUAAUAAUAUUUUUUACCCGUGUAAGUGACGUGUGAAGAAACAAUGCUGUCGAAAAUAAUAAUACAAAAGUGUAAUUGUAUAACAGGGAUGUAAAGCACCUUUCACACCAAGGAGUUUAUGUGUUCAUAUUGGCCAAUUAGCCUUAACGGAGCUGUGAGAUGAAUUUAAGUAUUGAAAUAUAAGUGUUAGAAGAAUAACAUGUUUGUUCAUAAAAGUGCAGCUAUUUAAAUGUUGAAUUCAUUACGCCGAUCCUACUCAUUGGCCUGAAUAUUGGUCCAACACCCAAUGUUUAUACGAGUAGUGUUGGGCCAACAAUUGGUCCAAGCUGUGGGACUGGUUAUACUGUUAUUAGGGUUGUCACAAACGUGACCGAUAUAGAACAUUUCAGUUUAUUUUAAAAUGUGUAAUGGUGCUGGUAAGUGACCCUGUUUUGUGCCGCAAACCGUACGUAAAAGUGACGUGUGCUUUAAACUGUGCUGAUGUUAGGGUUGUGUGUUAUGCAGCAGGAGAAUAAUGGCUGACAAUACUUUAGGUUUGGGCCCCAAGACAGGCAACGGUCGGUCAAAGCAAAUCCGACCUUAAGGAUUCGAAGUUUAGAUACACUUUUGAAUAUUUCGUGUGAUACCUCGAUUGAAAAUAGAAUAGGGUUGUGGUAACAAAUCUCGUAUUGAAUCUUUAGAUGAAGCACAAAAUUAUAUUGUAAGAAGAAAACAUAUUUCUUAGGUUAUUGCUUAAAUUCGUCCGAUGCCUGUCUUCUGGCCUUUCCUAAAUGAAUAGUAAAGUAUUAAGAUAGUAUAGUGUAUUGUAAACUCAACUUAGUGAUAAGUAAUACUCAUUUAGAAGACAAAAAUAUAUUAUUAUACAUUACAAGAUGAUUGUCAAGAUCAUAAUUAAAAAUUAUUGCAUGUUUACAAAAUAAAAAUAUGUAAAGGAGCGCUUUAGUGUUGUUGGGAAUCUCUUUUGAGGUUUUAUGCACAAAUUAGACAUUACAAAAGUCUAUGGUUAUUAUGGUUCUCGUUAGAUAUUGUCGCUGGUUUUUAGAUGUAUAAGUACGUGUUCCUCAUGUUGCCGCUAUUAAGAUUUAUGAAAGAAAUUUCAAUUGGAAUCAAUAAACAUUCCUUAUUUUCCUACAAUAACUUUUUAAACGUCAUUGUAUUAUAUGGCGUCUGGUACGCAUGCGCAUUUACAAUUUGACGUUCAAUAAGUUAUAUUCACUAGUGUUUUGUGCCUGAUAUAAAUAAAUAUAAAUAAUAAUUUCAAAUGAUUUGAUAUAACGUAUACCUAUUUAUUAGCCAUAAAUCACUGCCUUAAUGACUGCGAAGAAUUGUCAGUGUUGCCAGAAAACUGACAGCUAAGUACCGUCGAAACCCGUAACUUCGCCUGGGUUUUGACUCAUUUUUCAACACUACUUUUUAAUUCGAAAAUAUUUUGAAUCACUAAGGCA